UUAUUUCUGCAUCUGUCUUUUAGUGUGUGUAUGUUGUGUGUGUGUGUGUGUGUGUGUUUUGUGCCUGAUCACAGAGAGAGUGCACUGCAUAUUGUGAGGCUUUGCCAGCCAUUUUUUGGUGGGCUAUAGCAUCCCUGGAUGCUGUGGCAUAAACAUCUGUAUUUGAAGAGAUGCUCUCAUCGGUUAUGGCAGGGUAUUGCUGGCUUAGCUUGAUGUAUUUGAUAAGGUAACCUGAGCCUCUGCACUACUGAGUAAUGCUGGAGCGUGUAGCUGUUAGUGUGUCACAGUGAUCAUGUGUGUGUGUGUGUGUGUGUGCGCGCAAGUGGUUCUGCACCAGCUGCUCUGUAUUUGUAAGCAGUGUGCUGGGACGUAUGGCAUGCAUGCCUGCUUGCCUCCCUACGUGCCCAUCGUACCCGCUAGCUCGCUCGCUAUGCUGCUGAAAUGUGAUGCACACGAUCUAGCCUUAGCUCCCUGAGCAGUGCUAGCUACCUCUAGCCUCUAUCAGUAGCCAUCACUCCACACUUCCUCUGUCAUCAGAACCAGAGCAAAGGCAUCCACUCAGCAAACUGUUAAUGAGGCUGAUUGGGAUUGGAGCUGCGUGCCUGUUCUAGAGCUGAUGCCCUCUAAUAUGGGCAACAAAACAGCCUGAUCCAGGAUUUAAUCUGACGUUUAAAACAGGGAGAAGAGCAUUAAAAAUGCACCAGCUCACUCACUCAUUCACGCAGAUACACAAAUACUCUCACACAGACCACCACAUCACCAGUGUCGUGAUGAUGAGUGCAAGGAGAGGUUGCUCAUAAAAAGGUGUAUUUGAUUUUAACCGGGGCUGGGCCGAGUCAGCGUGUGCUGGCUGGGUGCCCAGCUGCUUAUUGCACAUAAAUCAUAGACAGCCGCUGAAUUUUUUAAGACCCCCAGAAGCCGAAAGCAUUUUUUGGUGAGAGGGAGUGUGUCAGUAUCUAGAAGUAUAGGCUGUUGCCGUCAGCUAAUUUCACACAGAUGAUCUUAUCUGAUUGUGGUUUCCUGUAGCACAAACGCUCAACAGAAUGUUUCACUAAUCCCCUGUUGGUUACAGAGACAACUAUUAUGUGUGGUGUUGGUUAGAGGCACCUCAUAUCCCUCUGUGCCACAGACAAGAAAUGUUUGUUUUGACACCUCUAGUUGCAAAUGUUUUUUUGUUUGUUUGUUUAAACACUUUUAAACCUAAAAUAAUGGAUGAACUCAGGACAUGAAGUCUCACUAGUGUUAUUCUGUUCCUCUUAAAGUUUUAUAGCUUUAAUAAUUUUCCUCACAUUUUCUCUGAUCCUCCAGAGUUACAUCUUUAUGGCAGGUUUUGUAAUCAUUAUCAACAACAAAGACUGCAACUGUGCCUUCAAUGUGCUGACUGACCCAGAUUUUUGUGUUGUGCUGCAUUGCUGGCGGUGCAUAUGGUCUUUUUUCAGGACUCACUAUAUUAACUGAGUUAAACACAGAACAGUGGUCAUGUAGUAGUUCACCUGUAAACUACCCAUAAAAAUCUACGUACUCUGUGACUGUCAAUUGCUCUAAAAGGUCUCUUCACCUUGAGGGUCUCUUACCUGUCUUGUAUGCUUUCCAUCCAACUCAUCUUGAAUAGCUGUGGGCUGAAGAGUGGCAUUGCCUGUGAGGGGUAUAAUGCAUUGUGGGGAUUGUAGGCCAGGAGCAGGCACUAUGCUCUUGGUGUUGGUCCUGCACACCUUUACCUGGGCAUGGACAGAUACAGGAGCGAUUGAACAUGGCCCUCGAAUCGACGGGAAGCGCCGCUCGACAGUCACCCUGCAGGAGAACAACACGCGGCAGUUCAACUGCCAAUCAGACGGAUGGAACUCUCAAGCCCCGCCCCUGCUCACCUGGUACCUGAACGGGCAGCGCCAGAGGCAGCCGGCGAGCGAUAGCCCGGAGCGGCUGGUGGUCAAGGUGCCGGUGCAGUCGUGGGUCCAGAGGAAGAACCCCCGGCGCAACAGCACCUUCUCUCUGAAGGCUCGGCGAUGGGACAGAGAGCUGGUUUGUGCCACCUCCAACCCGGCCAGUGGGGAGAGCUACAACGCCACGGUCGUGCUCAAUGUGCAAUUCCAGCCUGAGAUUCUGCGAGUGAAUGCCCACUACAGCGACACGUCCGAUCCCGGCCUUUCUUUGGUGCUCUUCGCUCUGGUGCGCUCCAACCCCCCUGCCACCAUCACCUGGGUGGACCAGUCCGGCCAGCAGGUGGCCAACACCUCCGACUUCCUCAUCCUGGACUCGGAGAGCUACCCCUGGCUGUCCAAUCACACGCUGCGGGUCGCCCAGAGCAGCCUGGCGGGCAACGUGUCCGUGAACGCCAACAACAGCGUGGGCGCUGCACAGAGCAACCUCACUCUCUCCGAGUUCCUGCAGUCCCGCGUGGAGGUGCCAGUGCUGGGCAUCGUGACAGGGGGAGUCCUCGGCUUCGUCACCCUCCUCAUCCUCACUCUCAUAGUGCUCUGUCUGCUCCACAAAGGAAAAGACGUGGAGGAGCCAGUGGAGCUAACGCUAUCCACAAAAUGCACGGACUCAUCUAAAGUGCCGGUUGAUGGAGUGUAUCUGCCCCGGGAGAACAUGUCUUUGCCCUCGCAUGUCCAGCUCAACGACAUGAGCUCUCUGUGUAAGGCACGUCAGGACAACAAGCCCAACCCAGGGGAGAAGAAGGUGGGUGAGGAGGAGGUGGAGGACCUGUCUGAAGCCUAUGCAGCCAGAGGUUUUGCCAGAUAUCCAAUGGUUGGAUACAUCUACAAGGUGAACAGCGUAAGCAGUGAAGAGAUCUGGCUCUGAUGUCCAGCUCCAGCAGCAAUAGACUGACCUCGCCUCGUCUUCAUCCUCACAGUCUCUUCAUCUGAUGAAGUGUUCAUUCCUGUCCAGAGGUGCGUUCAAAUUCGGAAACAUAGGCGAACGUUUGCAAACAGUUUUCCGUUAGCCUAGUGUUUUCGGCGAACGUUUGCGUACAAUCGCAGACAGUCUGAGGUGGUAGUUCUCCACGAACAUACAGUGGAACUGGACAUGAGUUUGACGAAGGCAACAAUGCAUUUACUGUUACAAUGGAAUGUUAACGUUAUGUUACAAUGGAAUGUUAAUGUCAUUCAUAUUUAACUGUUCAAAGAAAACAUGUUCACCAUGAAGGUUCGCCACUGUUUGCCAAAUUUGAACGCAUCUCAGUACAGAGCCCACUACGUGCAUCCUGAAGAAAAUGUUCACUGGUAGGUCAUACAGGUUAUAAACAGCCAGUAAGAGCAAAAAUAAAACACACACACACACACACACACACACACACACACACACACACACACACACACACACAAACACAAACACACACACACACACAAACACAAACACACACACACAUUUUCAGGGACCAAUACUCUUGUUGGAGGUCCAGUCUUCAUGUGGUUCUCGUGUGUUGGAUUAACUGUCUGACUCUCCUCUGUGUCACGGGGAAGAUCCAUUCUAUACCCCUGACUAUUGCCCAGGGAGUGUCUGGUAUGUUUGGGGCUGUGAUCACAGACAUUACAUUUGCCUUCCUCUUUCACAGUCUGUCUGUACUCAUACUUAAACAAGAAGCCUAUGUGCUGCUCUAUGGAAUGCAAUGUAGUUUGUACAAUCUAAGAGAAUGUCCAGUAUUAUAGUUAAAUAAAUCCCAAAAGAUAUAUUUGUACAAAAAAAUAUAAAUGCUAUAGCAGAGACUGAAAUUAUAAGUAUUUCUAUAUGUACAUGUACGUGCACUGUAUAUGUAUGUAUGUAUAUUUAUAUGCAUAUGUUGUAUAAUAUAAGUAUAUUACUAUAUGUAUGUAACCUAAAUAAAGAGGACUGUGAGAAUCUUUA